AAAAUGUAUGAGGAAGGAAAUGAAGAAAAAGCCAAUAAUGAAGUAGUUAAACAGAUUUCAUCAAUUCAGUUAAAUGAAAAUUCUAAUGAAACGAAUAAUAAUAAGGAUGAAAAUUCGGAUACAAAUAAAUAUGAACCUCAUCAUUUGACUAGUUUAAAUCGACCCGAUUUGGUUCUCUCAUCAAAUGAAAAUUCUAUUGAAAGAAGACGUUAUCUUACAGAUAAAUUACAAAAAUCAAUAGAACCUGUAAUUCCUUUAUUCCGAGAAAUUUUGUGUGAUUUUCGUUCCUUUCUUCAAAAAACGUUAUUGGGAACACAUGGACAAGAAAUUAUGAAUGAUGUUAGAGUUAUGCACACACUUAAAAAUGGUAGUGUAAUAGAAAUUGUAAUGCUUUUGUGUUCACAAGAAUGGCAAACUUCGCUUCAAAAGCAUUCUGGUUUAGCAUUUAUAGAGCUGGUUAAUGAAGGUCGUUUAAUGGCUCAUGCUACGCGAGAUCAUAUUUUGCGUGUUGCAAAUGAAGCAGAUUUUAUUUUAAAUAGACUUAGAGCUGAAGAUGUUAGUAAACAUGCACAGUUUGAGAGUGAAGUAAAUGAUCAAUUACAGCAUAGAAAAACAGAAGAACAACUUUCUAAUCAAUUAAUAAUUUCUGCUAGACGUAGAGAAUUUAUACAAUCAACUAAAUUUUUGGAAAAAAUUGUAAAUAUAUUAACAAGUCCAACAGGCGCUUGGUAUUCUGAUUUGCAAAAAAAUAUGCCAAAAUUUGAAAAAUUGGAUGUUUGGGAAGAUGAUUCACGUAUGAGAAGACGUUUUGUACACAAUCCUUAUGGUCAACGUCAUUCAAUAUCUUCAAAUGAAAAAACAAAAAAUUUGGAAGAAGAAAAAAAUAAAAUUAAAAAAGAUGAAGAUUUAAAUAAAUUAUUAAAAGAUUUGGCAAGAAAAAUGAUAGCAUCUGGUGGUGUUUCUAAAACAAAUAAUAUAUUGCAACAAUUUGUUGAUGAAACAGAAAUUGAGAGAUUAAUUAGAGAAGAAGAGAAUAGUAAUAGUGUUAAUGCUUCUACUACUAACAAUGCUGCUUCUGAAAAUAAAAAUGGUCAAUCAACCUUCAGCACCUUUGCUAAACUAAUAGCCCCAGGCGUUAUCGUUCCAGGAACAAUUACAUUAACCGGUUCUGAUUUGUAUUUUGAUGCUGAUGAAGAUGACCAAUCAUUUAAACAAAAUUUACAGAGUCUCCAAUAUUGUGACAAUUUACACCAUUCCCGAUGGAAUUUUCAAGAAAUUCGUGCAAUUUUCCUUCGUCGAUUUUUACUUCAAUAUACAUCGUUGGAAUUAUUUUUGGAUUCGAGAACUGCUAUAAUGUUUGCUUUCCGCGAUAUGGAAACUGUUCAACGUGUUGUUUCUUUAUUGCCUCCUGUUGGUGUUGGAGUUAAAUAUGGAUUACCUCAAAGUAGAAAAUCGAGUUUAAUGACUCCAUGGCAAUUAUUUAAGCAUUCUAAUAUGCCUCAGAAAUGGCAACAAAGAGAAAUAUCUAAUUUUGAUUAUCUCAUGUUUUUAAACACAAUAGCUGGCCGUACUUAUAAUGAUUUAAAUCAAUAUCCAGUCUUUCCUUGGAUUUUAAGCAAUUAUUCUUCUGAAAAUAUUGAUCUAAAUGAUGCAGCAAAUUUUAGAGAUUUGUCCAAGCCAAUUGGUGCAUUAUCCGAAACACGAAAAAAAUUAUUUAAAGAACGUUUUAAUAAUUGGGAUGAUCCAGAAAUUCCACCAUUUCAUUAUGGAACACACUAUUCAAAUGCAGCAUUUGUUCUAAAUUGGUUAUUUCGUUUAGAGCCUUUUACAACAUUUUAUUUACAAUUAAAUGAUGGCAAAAUUUUUGAAAAUGUCAAUUCAAAUCGCCUAUUUCAUUCAAUUGAAGAAACUUGGGAACAUUGUUUAACUGAUACACAUGAUGUAAAAGAAUUGAUUCCAGAAUUAUUUUAUUUGACAGAAAUGUUUUUGUGGAAUGAAAAUAAUUGUGAGGAAGAGAAGAAUUUGGGAAUUAGAGAAGAUGGAAAUAAAAUUGGGAAUGUUGUUUUACCUAAAUGGGCUAAUGGAAAAGCUGAAGAAUUUGUUAAAAUACAUAGAAAGGCUUUGGAAAGUGAUUUGGUUUCUUGUCAACUAAAUCAAUGGAUUGAUUUAAUUUUUGGUUAUAAACAACGUGGAGCUGAAGCGAUUCGUGCAUUAAAUACUUUUUAUUAUUUAACUUAUGAGGGUGCAUUUAAUUUACGUUCAAUAGAAAAUGCUGCUUUGAGGGAAAGUAUACAACAACAAAUAUUAAAUUUUGGACAAACUCCGGCACAAUUGCUAAAUGAACCACAUCCACCUAGACAUUCUAUAAUGACUAUGAGCCCUCUAAUUUUCAAAACUUGCCCUAAUGAUCUUUGUAUGAUUAUGAAAUUUAUUUCAAAUAGUCCAGUUGUGCAUAUUACUGCAAAUACUUUUCAACAAGUCGAUAAUCCAACAUUAAUAACUAUUGCACAAAAUUUGGUGUUUGCUUUGAAUCGUUGGAAUCCAAAUUAUAAUCAACCUUCUAAACAACAUUCAUCUACAGUUGUACCUCCUUUUGAUGCAGAAAAAAAUGAAAAUAAUAAAAAUAAUAAUGCUACGUCAUCAUCAUCCACUUCCUCAGUCAAUCAACAAUUAGAUACUUCUAUUUCACCAUCAGAACUUCCAAUAACAGUAGAUCCUCUACUUGCAGUUGGAAAUCCAUCACAAAAAUUGCCUAAAAGACAUUUGGGCGAUUCUUUUGAUCAAAGAUUGCAAAUAACCUCAGCCAAUUUUGUUUGUUCAGUAGACAGUAAAUAUAUAAUUGCUUGUGGAUAUACAGAUUAUAGUUUUAGAAUUAUAGAAACUGAAAAUGCACAAGUUAGACAAGUAAUUUAUGGCCAUGGAGAUGUUGUAACAUGUUUAGCACGUUCAGAAACUACACUUUUUGCUGAUAGUUAUAUAGCUUCGGGAAGUGCUGAUUGUACAGUUGUUUUGUGGCAUUUUAGUCAAAAUACUGGGACUAUAGCUGGAGAAUUUAAUUCUGUUGGGGAAUUGCCUGUACCGAGAGCUAUAUUGACUGGGCAUGAAGCUGUUAUUACAGCAAUAACUGUGUCUGCUGAACAUGGGCUUGUUAUUUCUGGAGCAAAAGACGGAACAUUAUUAAUACACACAACAAUGGGUGAUUUUCUUCGAAAUAUUGAAUUUAAUAAUGGAAAUUUAUCAACAAUUAAUCAAAUUUUGUUAAAUCGAGAUUGUCAACUUGCGAUUUUCCAUGGUUUACAACAAAAAUUAAUUUCAACAUUCAGCGUUAAUGGAAAAUUUUUUGGCCAAAUAGAAAUUCAACAUGAAGGAAAAAUUUUGUCUUCAGUAUUAUCCAGAGAUGGAGAAUAUUUUAUUAUUGGAACAGAAAAUGGAAAAAUUUUAAUUUUGCGCCUAUUUCCUUUAGAAUUAAUUUAUUCUUAUGCACAAACUGAUAGUUCAAUUAAAUCUGUUGCUAUUUCAACAAAUCAAAAAUUUGUUUUUGGUGGAUUAGACAGUGGGGCUAUUGUGAGUUUUCUUUUGACUAUUUAUUUUUUUGACAGAGGGGCUAAAUUAUUUUUAGUUUUAAUUUUUUAUAUAAAAUAUAAAUGA